CGCAAUGUAGCAUUCAUCAUACUUAUUCUGAAUCUCGUACCAGCGUGGUGGCGGUCUUUGCGGUCUUCAAGUUGUCUGCAUUAUACUCUCCCUUCACCAUUAAUAUGAUGGCUGGCAGAAUUCCUGAGUCGACACGAGCACUGGUCAUUAAGAAGUGCUCCGUGGAAGCAAAGCCUGUCUAUCAUGAUGCUGUCCUGGUGACACGGCCACUGCAACAACUAAAAGAAGGGGAAGUCCUCGUAAAAAUGGGAGCUGUGUCGUUUAAUCACCGAGACCUUUGGAUACGCCUUGGUCAAUACCCAGGAAUCAAUUUCGGAAGUGCCUUUGGUGCUGAUGGAGCAGGCACAGUAGUUGCAUCGGCAGACUUAAACGAUGCACUCCUAAACAAACGUGUCUUCCUGACACCCAUGCGAGGCUGGGAGAGCAAGCCAGAUGCGCCGGAAAAGGAAAGCGGUUUCGGAAUUCUUGGAGGUGGACGAAACCCUCCGCUAGGGACGUUUGCCGAAUACGUUGUAGUGGAGAGAAAUCAGGUUAUUCGCUCUCCAGAUCAUCUUGAUGACAUACAAGUAUCCGCUUGGCCCCUUGGUGGCCUGACUGCUUGGCGGGCUGCAAUUGUUAAUGCUGAAGCAUCGAAAGACCAAAAUAUUCUUAUCACUGGAAUCGGCGGAGGAGUUGCACUUCUUGCCAUGCAACUUUGUCUAGCCAAAGGCGCUAAUGUCUAUGUUACGAGUGGUAGCGAGGAAAAAAUCAGGAAAGCAAUUGCCCUUGGAGCCAAGGGCGGAGUGAGCUACAAAUCAAAGGAUUGGCCAUCGCAUCUUGUUGCCCUUCUGACCAAAAACAGCGGAAAAUCGGCUAAGAUUGAUGCGGUUAUUGACUCUGGCGGUGGAGACAUCAUGACGCGAGUGAACAGUAUGUUAAAACAGGGCGGCAAAGUUGUAGUCUAUGGGAUGACUGCAAAUCCCCAAAUCAAGUUUACCAUGCGAGAAGUACUCAAGAAUCAGCGACUUAUCGGUUCGACAAUGGGCUCCCUCAAGGAUCUCACAGACGCAACAAGGUUUGUGUCAGAGCAUCGCAUUGUCCCAGUGGUGUCCCAUGUCCUCGAAGGGCUCGAGGCUGCAGAAGAAGGCUUCGAGCUCAUGAAGCGUGGGGAUCAGUUUGGAAAAAUUGUCAUUCGGAUUAACGACAAGGUCAAUGCCAAAUUAUGACGAUGUUUGCCGGAUCUGUCGACAGUCAAGUUCGCAUCGAUGUGCCCUGUUCUGGCAAAUCCACAUCUCGAUAUCGUUGCUAUAACUGUGUAGUCUUUCAGCUGUGUGGAGUUCAACAUCAAAGUCAAAUGGUUUACUUUUAAAUGUACUUCUAUGUAUCUGAACUGGCAUUGUCUGUUCUUACAUUCUGUACACGCGCACGUGACUGCUGCAUCGCUUACUUAAUCUAAUUGUUAGCCAAUUAUAUAUCGUUUAUCAAUUGUGGAUCGACGAUCUGUCG